UCAAUAUAUGCUAUUAUUUCAUGAGCUCAGGUUUUCAGAACAAUUUUCUCUUGUUGUUUAUGUUGAUAAAUAUUUAAUACGUCUGAGACAUGUUUUAAUAAUUCAUUAUCCCUUAACCCUUACUUUUGUCAAAGACAGAAUCGUGUUACUCACUAUGCAUUAAUAUUCCAUCAUCGUUCACAGAGUAUCAGACUGCUGUUGAUCUAAAGAGCAACAGAAGGUGCAAAACACACACACACUCCUAAAUGUCUCAUUUAUUUCUGACACAGUUUAUAACAGGAAACGGACCACAGACCUCCUUUGAGUGUACACGUGACUGCUGUGUGUAUCAUCAACAACUUCAUCUAUAGUCUGAACAACAAACCACAGGAUGCCUUUAAACCCGAUCCGGUGCAGAGUAAAGGAGCGCAGCAGCUGUGUUCUGGGUCGACCUGAGUUCUUAUCGCUGAAUCAGCCACCGCGACACAGCAGAACAUCGAGAAGAACCAGCCAGUCCAAGAACCAGCAGAACCAGCCGUGUGAGAACCCACCAGAACCCCCCGAGAACAUGAAGGAACGUAAAGAAGCGGCCAGGCUGCCGGAUGAAGACUGCAUGCAGCUCAACCCAUCCUUCAGAGGAAUCGCCAUCAACUCUCUGCUGGCCAUCGACAUCUGUCUGUCCAAGCGUCUGGGGGUGUGUGUCCACACAUCGUCCUCGUGGGGCAGCGUGCGCUCGGUGGUCACUUUGCUGGCGCUGACAGGUCACGGCAUCACAUGGAUCUGUGGCACUCUACUGUGUCUCAUGCAGAGUAACACGCUGGCCGGACAAGAGGUUCUGAUCAAUCUAUUGAUCGCUCUGAUUCUUGAUGUCGUAACUGUAGCAGGAGUACAGAAACUGGUCAGACGCAAAGGACCCUGGGACCUCAAUCCUGGUUUUCUGGACUGUGUGGCUCUGGACACGUUUUCGUUCCCAGCAGCUCACGCAAGCAGAGCGGCAAUGGUCUCCAAGUUUCUCCUGUCUCAUCUGGUGCUUGCCGUCCCGCUGCGAGUUCUUCUGGUGCUGUGGGCGUUCCUGGUGGGCCUGUCUCGGGUUCUGCUGGGUCAGCACCACCUGACGGACAUGGCGUGCGGAUUUGCUCUGGGUCUCCUGCUCUUCAGUCUCAUGGAGUCGGUGUGGUUGUCGUCUAGCGCCUGUCAAACCAUCAUCUCCAUGGGAACCUUCAGCUGGAGCUCCACCCACUAGAACUUCACCUCAUACAGAGGAGCAUACAGCGGGCUACAAACGUCUGGACCGUCAUUAAAAGUGCUUCUAUUUUUUGUGUUAACAGUUAGUUCUGCUCCUCUAAUCUGAUUGGUCAAGCAGCAUUCCAAGAGUGCUGAUAGCACUGGGACGCAUCACUGUUUAAAUCGCUCAGAUUGUCUGUGGUGUUCCAGAACAGAGUAAAUGACAUCAGGGAGCAGUGGAUGUGGAAUGGAUGAAAGUCGAAGCAUCAGUGCAAUAAAACUGAUGGAUUUUUAUGACUUUUGGUUUCGAAAAUGGUUCUCAGUUGUGCAUUCUUCUGACGAUGUACUAAAAUACUCCAACAGUGUUUCCGGUGCUUCUAUUCAGUGGCACUGCAACAACGCUAGUGAAUCAACAGCAUGAAACAUACUGCGUAACUCUACGAAUGAGUCGGUUCUUUUUAUUGAAUGAAAAUCUUGCAACUACAAGAACAGUUUUUUUGUUUUUUAUCACAUUUUCUCCCCACUUUGGCAUGCACAAUUCCCAGUUUUUACUAGGUCCUCCUGCUGGCGCGGUUACUCACCUCAAUCUGGGUGGCAGAGGACACGGCUCAGUUGCCUCCGCUUCAAUCCAUGCAUCUUAUCAUGUGGCUCGCUGUGCAUGACCAUAUGGAGACUCAUGGUACUCUCCGUGAUCCAUGCACAACUUACUAUGGGCCACAUUGAGAGCGAGAACCACUAAUCACCACCACGAGGAUGUUACCCCAUGUGACUCUACUUUCCCUUGAAGCCAGGCCACGCCUGGCUGGAGUCACUGUGCACAUGCUGGAUUCGAACUCGCAUCUCCCGGGGUGUAGAAUUGUUACUGUGUUAUGUAAACUUCAACAACCAGAGUGAUUUCUGACAGCGUGUUGUGAAAGAUACAUGCAACAUAGUCUCAUGAGAUUUUGUCACAAUACUACGAUACACUUAAUAAAUAAACUGAAAAAUACAACUUAACAUCAAUCGAGCACAUACGCUUCACUUACACUUGUUCAGAACCCGGGAGUGCUGCUUUCAUCCUUAUUUCACAUCAGGGCUUUUAACAUUAAUAUGAUGGUUAUGAUUACACUCUGGGCAGGGUAAGGUGUUACAACCCCAAUUCUGAAAAGGUUGGGACAGUAUGAAAACUGGUAAUAAUAACAAAAAGGAGUGAUUUGUAAAUUAUAUUCACCCUUUUCUUUAUUUAAAGCACUACAACUAAACAUUAUAUGAUGUCUUUCCUUGUGAAUUUCAUUGAAAAUUUUGUAAUUUCAAAUCACAUGAUUGCAAUGAGCACCAUAAAAGGUGGGACGGUCGAGUGUUUACCAGUGUGAAACAUCACCAUUUCUUCUAAUAACACUUAUUAAGCAUUUGGGCACUGAAGACACAAGUUUGUUAAGUUUAGAAAGUGGAAUUUUCCCGCAUUCAUCAUUAUGUAGGUCUUUAACUGCACAAUUGUACGGGGUCUUCGUUGCCAUAUGGUGUGCUUCAUAAUGCGCCACACAUUCUCAAUUGGAGACAGGUCAGGACUGCAGGCCAAUCUAGCACCCGCACUCUCUGCUCACACAGCCAUGCACUUGAAAUCCGGGCACUAUGUGGUCUGAAGUUGUCCUGCUGGAAAAUGAGGAGACAGCGCUGGAUGGCAGUAUAUGUUGCUCCAAAAUUUGUAUAUAUCUGUCUGCAUUCAUGGUGUUCUCACAGAUGUGUGAGUUACUCAUGCAAUGGGCACUGACACACCCCUGACCCAUACAGACACUGGCUUGGACCUGAUGCUAAUAACAGCUUGGAUGGCCCUUUUCCUCUUUGGCCCGAAUAACACAACAGCUUUGAAAUGUGGACUAAUCAGAUCAAACAACAAAGUUCCACUGUUCUACUUUCCAUCUAAGAUGAGACCGAGCCCAGAGAAGUCGGCAACACUUCUGGACAGUGAUGAUGUAUGGCUUCUGCUUUGCUUAGUAAAGUCUUAACGUGCAUCUGUGGAUGCAGCGGCGAGUGGUGUUGACUAACAAAGCUUUACUAAAGUAAUCCCAAGCCCAUGUUCAUUAUAUCAUUACAGAAAAAUGCUGUUUUUUAAGGGAUCAGAGAUCAUGCACAUUCAGAAAUGGUUUUCGUCUUGCCCUUAUGCACUGGGAUUUGACCAGAUUCCUUGAAUCUUUUAAUUAUAUUAUGAACUGUAGAGGGCCAAAUGCCCAAAAUCCUUCCAAUUUGUCUUUGGUGAACAGUGUUCUCAAAGUGCAGGAUUAUUUGCUGAAGCAUCUGUUGGCAAAUUAACAAGUCUCAAAUGAUCCUUGCUCUUGAAGGACUAGGCUGUUUUUGGAGGCUCCUUAUUUACUCUGACACGAUUUUAUCACCUGUUUACCAUCUCCUGUUUCACAUCAUCUUAUUUCAACUCGUCAAAUUGUUAUUAGUCUUAAAUUGCCCCUGUCUCCACUUUUUUGGAGUGUGUUGCAAUCUUGUGAUUUGAAAUAACUGUACAUUUAAAAAAAACUAUGAAAUUCACGAGGAAAUACGUCAUAUAAUUUGGAGUUGUAGUGCUUUAAAUAUCGCAAAGAGUGAAUAUAAUUUACAAAUCACUCCUUUUUUUAUUUUCAUUAGCAUUUUUCAUACUGUCCCAACUUUUUAGGAAUUGGGUUUGUACACUGUAUUGUUAGGUUUAGAGACGGGGUUUGGGUUAGAGUUUAAAGUUAUGAAAAUACAAUGUUAAUUGUAUUUGCAAAUUAACACCGAACAAACACUACAUCAGAAACUACAAGGACACAUUGUGAAGCAUCGCUCAUUGGUGGGAGUAUAACUAACUAUUUAGUUUGAAUAAACUCACCUUGUACUAUUGUGAUGAAUUCUUGUGAGAUUGGUUUUGUUGUAAAAAGUAGUAAAAAUGAAUGAAUACAAUUUAAUGGUUAAAAAUCUGUUAAAACAUUUUGCAAGAAUCUGUUGUUUAAAUCUGAAAUUAUCUCAUAAUUUGGUAAUCCAGUAAGAACUGCAUUUAUUUCUUUAUAUAUCUUCCUAAAACGUUUUUAAACCAUUGCUAAUGGAACCGUUAACUGUAAUUGGAAGUGGAAUUAUUAAAUUCCUCAUGAUUACAAUCACUUUUGGUGACAAAAAGCUUGAAGCUGUGGCUUCUUUUGGAAUUUUAUUGCAAUGGCGGAAAGAAAUACACAACCUAUCUGGCCAAAUUUUGUCUGAAAUGUAAGUUACUCUGUAUGAGUUUCUUGUUUACUGAACUGUUUUCUCACAUUCGUUCUCUUGCACUGAAUAUCAGUCAUGUGAUUAGUGGAAUGCAAAGGUUUAUAUAUGCACAGCCCUUGCAUAUUUAUUGAGGAUUGCAAUACUCUCAGGUCUGUUCAACAUAUUUGUUUAAAUCCAUUUAGUAGAAUUAGCAAAUUUUUAGUACAGAAAAUGCAAAACCUCUCCAGAGAUUGUGUGUCUGGGCUUAUUUUCUCUCAAACCCAUCUCACAAGUCACGACAUUGUUCCGUUUCUUAUUUUCAGUUCUGCAGAACUGAGACCCUCAGAGGAAGUUACUCCGAAAAUACUCUAGUGGCCAAAAGUUUGGAAUAAUGUACAGAUUUUGCUCUUAUGUAAAGAAAUUGUUUUUCUCAUUCACCAAUGUGGCAUUCAACUGAUCACAAUAUAUAGUCAGGACAUUAAUGAUGUAAAAAAUUACUAUUACAAUUUGAAAAAAAAAAAUCAGAACUUCUUAAACUACUUAAGAAAUUAAAAUCUACUUAACUAAGAGUUUUCAUAAAAAAAUCCUCCACAUGCAGCAAUGACAGCUUUGCAGAUCCUUGACAUUCUAGCUGUCAGUUUGUCCAGACUCUCAGGUGACCUUUCACCCCACACUUCCUGUAGCACUUGACAUAGAUGUGACUGUCUUGUCGGACACUUCUCACACACCUUACAGUCUAACUGAUCCCACAAAAGCUCAAUGGGGUUCAGAUCCAUUACACUCUUUUCCAAUUAUCUGUUGUCCAAUGUCUGUGUUUCUUUGCCCACUCGAACCUUUUCUUUUUGUUUUUCUGUUUCAAAAGUGUCUUUUUCUUUAUAAUUCUUCCCAUAAGA